AACACACACACACACACACACACAGAAUAAAGAAAAUAGAAAUACAGGAUGUGAAAACCUCAAUGUAAAUAAUCAUGUUGCUCAGUUUGUGUCUCAUAAAGAUGAAACUCAUCGUCUGAAUGCAUCUAUUUAUUCUCACUAGAGAGAAACCAGGGCUGAUCAAACAGUUUGAUUAUUGAUCAGGUGAUCAGGUGUGGAGACAAUCCCAGGUAUAUCAGUAGCUGCAUCCAGGUGAGCUGCUACCUGAGGAGCUUUGGCUCUGAUGGAGAACAUGGAGCCAUUGAUCAGAGAUCAGAUUGAUCUGAUGGUUUAUUGGUGUUUAGAUUCAUCCAGACUGAUCAUCCUGGAGCUCUGAGCAGAACUUAAAGCAGGUACCGGUACCGGUCCAGCUGCAGCCGUCCUCCAGUGGAGCCAGAAAUCAUCUGGACUCUGUAAAUGUAACUUCUGCUCAUGAUUCCUGGAUUCAGAAGAAAAAAACACAUUCUUUGCUCUUUUAUUUUAGUCUUCAGAUUUUGAAAACAAAUUUUAUUCAGCUUCUGUUCUCAUGAAUUUCUCUUUUCAAUUUUGUGCAAAUUAUUAAAGUUAUUCGUCUCAACUGAAAAUAAAGUGAACCCCCGAUGUGUGAGGGUCAAACAAAGAGCUGAUGAGAGCAGCGGCUUCAUGUGUUCAUCAGGCCCCGCCCCAAACACUGGCCCUGGACCAAUCAGAGAGCUGGGAGCCGGUCUGGACGUAGACGGACUGGACCGGGUCAUCUGAACCAGAGAAGUUUCAGAGUUACCCACAACCCGACUGGACCUGAUGGUUCUGCAACCUGGAGCUUCAUCCUCCUCCUCUUCCUCUCAGGUUUCCUUUAAUUACUUUAAGCGUGCGCGUGCGCGGCGGAUCGAUCGCUGCUCAGGAAGUGUUGCUGCAGACAUCAGAGGAGCCGCUCCGCGAUCGAUCAGCUGCAGCAGCCAAUCAGCAAACAGCAGGGGGAGGUGGGCAGGGGCGGCCAGCUGAGGCUCAGAUCGAUGCGGGAGGAGGAGACGCCGCAGAGCCUCAGCUCCUCUUCAUCCUCUUCCUCAGAGCGGAGAGGAGCCGCGCGGAGCAGGACGCCGAGCCGCGGGCUUUUAUUCUGAAAAACGCGCCCCAGCUGAGGAAAACAUGCUGCUGCUGGUGCUGGGCGUCGCCAUGGCAACGGCAGGGUCAGGGGUCAGCGCGGCGCGAGUGGUGAGCGGUCAGACGGUGUGUGUGGGAGGAGCCGAGCGUCCCUGCUACAAGAUGGCGUAUUUCCACGACGUGUCGAGCCGCGUGGCGUUCGGCGAGGCGAAGCAGGCCUGCCUCAUGGACGGGGGAGCGCUCCUGAGCGUGGAGAGCCAAUCAGAGCAGAGCGACGUGGAGCACCUGCUGCAGGCGCUGCGUUCAGGAGCAGUGGGCGGAGCCAAAGGUGGAGGCGGGAUUUCUGACGGGGAUUUCUGGAUCGGCCUGACUCGGGGGGGCGGAGCCAACCACACCUCGACCCCAUGCCCUGACCUGUACCAGUGGACCGACGGCAGCGUGGCCACCUUCAGGAACUGGUACCUGGACGAGCCGUCGUGCGGCAGCGAGGCCUGCGUCGUCAUGUACCACCAGCCCAGCGCGCCCCCUGGGCUGGGCGGGGCUUAUCUCCACCAAUGGAACGACGACCGCUGCAACAUGAAGCACAACUUCAUCUGCAAGUAUCAGCCAGCUGUGACUGCAGGUGGAGGCGUGGUGACCCAGGCGGACGGUGGUGGCAGCUUCCCCCCUCAGGUGGCUGUGGCAGGAUCUUCAGGAAUGCUGCUGCUGUACGUGGUGAUUCCCACCAUCCCACUGCUGCUGCUCAUCCUGGUGGCUUCAGGGACCUGCUGCUUCCAGACGCUCAGCAGGAGUCGUCCUCGGACCAAGACCCCCGCCGACCAAUCAAACCUCUGGAUCGCCACGACGCCCCAACCCGACGGCAUGGAAGUGUGACAUCACUGUGAUGUCAGCAGUAGAUCAGUGAUGUCAGAGACUUUUAGUUUGUUACUUUGGUUGAAACAGUUUCCUGUUUGGCUCCUCCCUCCUCCUGUGACUCCGCCCCCUCAGCCUGAGUUAAAGGGGCGAAGUCAGAGUGAUGUCACAGUGAGUGGGUGGAGCUUGUCUGUUGUAACUUGUUCUGUUGUGAGAAUCUCUGGCGCCUCCUGCUGGAUAGAAGAGGAGACGAAGUACGGAGCAAGCAGAGGGACAAACUCCCAUGAUGCUGAUGCUGCGUUCGAGGGGAGUCCGACGUUUGGACGGCAGGGAGCUGCUGCUGCGUUUCUGUGGUUCUGAUGCAUGAAGCUUUGAUGUUUAAUAAAAAAUGUUCCAUCA